AUGCGUGAAGACAAGGUUCCUGAUGGUGAGGACAAGGUUCCUGAUGCUGAGGACAAGGUUCCUGACGCUGAGGACAAGGUUCCAGAAGGUAAGUGCAAGGUUCCUGACGCUGAGGACAAUGUUCCUGACGGUGAGUACAAGGUUCCUGACGCUGAGGACUAGGUUGCUGACGGUGAGGACAAGGUUGCUGACAGUCAGGACAAGGUCCCUGACUGUGAGGACAAGAUGCCUGACUGCGAGGACAAGGUUCCUUACGCUGACGACAAGGUUCCUGACGCUGAGGACAAGGUUCCUGACGCUGACGACAAUUCCUGACGUGAAGACAAGGUUCCUGACGCUGAGGACAAGGUUCCUGACGCUGACGACAAGGUUCCUGACAGUGAGGACAAGGUUCCUGACGGUGAGGACAAGGUACAUGAGGGUGAGGACAAGGUUCCUGACGGUGAGGACAGGGUUCCGGACGGUGAGGACAAGGUUCCGGACGCUGAGGACAAGGUUCCUGACGGUGAGGAGUCAGAGGUUCCUGACGGUGAGGACAAGGUCCCUGACGUGAGGACAAGGUUCCUGACGGUGAGGAGUAGGUUCCUGACGGUGAGGACAAGUUUCCUGACUGUGAGGACAAGAUUGCAGACGCUGAGGAGGUUUCUAACGCUGAGGACAAGGUUCCAGGCGCUGAGGACAAGGCUCCUGACGGUGAGGACAAGGUUCCUGACGCUAAGGACAAGGUUCCUGACGCUGAGGACAAGGUUCCUGACGCUGACGACAAGGUUCCUGACUGCAAGGUUCCUGAGUGAGGACAAGGUUCCUGAUGGUGAGGACAAGGUUCCUGACGGUGAGGACAAGGUUCCUGACAGUGAGGACAAGGUUCCUGACGCUGAGGACAAGGUUCCUGACUGUGAGGACAAGGUUCCUGACUGUGAGGACAAGCUUCCUGACUGUGAGGACAAGGUUCCUGACGCUAACGCUGACGACAAGGUUCUUGACGCUGAGGACAAGGUUCCUGACGCUGAGGACAAGUUCCUGACAGUGAGGACAAGGUUGCUUACGCUGGGGACAAGGUUCCUGACGAGGACAAGGUUUCUGACGCUGAGGACAAGGUUUCUGACGCUGAGGACAAGGUUCCUGACGCUGACGCUGAGGACAAUGUUCCUGACGCUGAGGGCAAGAUUCCUGAUGCUGAGGACAAGGUUCCUGACUGUGAGGACAAGGUUACUCACGGUGAGGACAAGGUUCCUGAGAGUGAGGACAAGGUUCCUGACCGAGAGGACAAGGUUCCUGACGCUGAGGACAAGGUUCCUGACGCUGAGGACAAGGUUCCUGACGCUGAGGACAAUGUUCCUGACGCUGAGGACAAGGUUCCUGACGCUGAGGACAAGGUUCCUGACGUGCUGAGGACAAGGUUCCUGGUGCUGAGGACAAGGUCCCUGAGGUGAGGACUAGGUUCCUGACGGAGAGGACAAGGUUCCUGACGCUGAGGACAAUGUUCCUGACGCUGAGGACAAGGUUCCUGACGCUGAGGACAAGGUUACUGACGGUGACGACAAGGUUCCUGACGCUAAGGACAAGGUUCCUGACGCUGAGGACAAGGUUCCUGGUGCUGAGGACAAGGUCCCUGACGGUGAGGACUAGGUUCCUGACGGAGAGGACAAGGUUCCUGACGGUGAAAACAAGGUUCCUGACGGUGAGGACAAGGUUCCUGACGCUGAGAACAAGGUUCCUGAUAGUGAGGACAAGGUUCCUGACGGUGAGGACAAGGUUCCUGAUGCUGAGGAGAAGGUUCCUGACGCUGAGGAGAAGGUUUCUGACGCUGAGGACAAGGUUCCAGAAGGUAAGGACAAGGUUCCUGACGCUGAGGACAAGCUUCCUGACGCUGAGAACAAGGUUCCUGAGCGUGAGGACAAGGUUCCUGACGGUGAGGACAAGGUUCCUGACGGAGAGGACAAGGUUCCUGACGGUGCGGACCAGGUUGUUGACGGUGAGGACAAGGUUCCUGACGCUGAGAACAAGGUUCCUGAUAGUGAGGACAAGGUUCCUGACGGUGAGGACAAGGUUCCUGACUUUGAGGAAAAGGUUCCUGAUGCUGAAGACAAGAUUCCUGACGCUGAGGACAAGGUUUGUGACGCUGAGGACAAGUUUCCAGAAGGUAAGGACAAGGUUCCUGACGCUGAGGACAAGGUUCCUGACGCUGAGAACAAGGUUCCUGGCGCUGAGGACAAGGUUCCUGACGUGGAGGACAAGGUCCUGACGCCGAGGACAAGGUUCCUGAUGCUGAGGACAAAGUUGCCGACGCAGAGGAGAAGGUUCCUAACGCUGAGGACAAUGUUCCUGACGCUGAGGUCAAGAUUCCUGAUGCUGAGGACAAGGUUCCUGACUGUGAGGACAACGUUCCUAACGGUGAGGACAAGGUUCCUGAGAGUGAAUACAAGGUUCCUGACGGAGAGGACAAGGUUCGUGACGCUGAGGACAAUGUUUCUGACGCUGAGGACAAGGUUCCUGACGCUGAGGACAAGGUUCCUGACGGUGACGACAAGGUUUCUGACGCUGAGGACAAGGCUCCUGACGCUGAGGAAAAGGUUUCUGUUGCUGAGGACAAGAUUCCUGACGGUGAGGACAAGGUUCCUGACGGUGAGGACAAGGUUCCUGACGCUAAGGACAAGGUUCCUGACGCUGAGGACAAGGUUCCUGCCGCUGAGGACAAGGUUUCUAACGCUGAGAACAAGGUUCCAGACGCUGAGGACAAGGUUCCUGACGCUGAGGACAAGGUUCCUGACGCUGAGGACAAGGUUCCAGACGCUGAGGACAAGGUUCUUGACGCUGAGGACAAGGUUUCUGAUGCUGAGGACAAGGUUCCAGACGCUGAGGACAAGGUUCCUGACGCUGAGGACAAGGUUCCUGACGCUGAGGACAAGGUUCCUGACGCUGAGGACAAGGUUCUUGACGCUGAGGACAAGGUUUCUAACGCUGAGGAAAAGGAUGUUGACGCUGAGGACAAGGCUCCUGACGCUGAGGAGAAGGUUCCUGACGCGAGGACAAGGUUCCAGACGCUGAGAACAAGGUUCCUGACGCUGAGGACAAGGUUCUUUACGCUGAGGACAAGGUUUCUAAUGCUGAGAACAAGGUUCCAGACCCCGAGGACAAGGUUCCUGACGCUGAGGACAAGGUUCUUGACGCUGAGGACAAGGUUUCUAAUGCUGAGAACAAGGUUCCAGACCCCGAGGACAAGGUUCCUGACGCUGAGGACAAGGCUCCUGACGCUGAGGACAAGGUUCCAGACGCUGAGGACAAGGUUCCUGACGCUGAGGACAAGGUUCUUGACGCUGAGGACAAGGUUCCUGACGCUGAGGACAAGGUUCCUGACGCUGAGGACAAGGUUCCUGACGCUGAGGACAAGGUUCCAGACGUUGAGGACAAGGUUCCUGACGCUGAGGAGUAG